AUGGCACAGGCCAGCCCUCCCCGUGAUUUUCGUUUCUGGCUUGUUUUUCUAGGUAUUAGCAUAGCUACGGUAAUCACAGCUCUCGAACUGUCCGCGGUAUCCACCGCACUUCCGACGAUUGUGAACGAUCUUCGUGGGUCAGACUUUGUUUGGGUUGGCUCAGCAUACGCGUUAUCUGCAACUGCAUUCAUUCCUAUGACCGGGGGCCUAGCGCAGAUAUUUGGAAGAAGGAUCGUCAUUUUGUGUUCGUUGUUUGUUAUGACCGUGGGCAGCAUCCUCUGCGGCGUAGCUAAGAGCAUGAACUUCUUGAUUGCCGGUCGAGCCGUUCAAGGCUUGGGUGGAGGUGGCAUUGCUGCGAUAACAGCUAUAAUCAUAUCCGAUCUGGCCCCUCUACAUGAACGAGGGGUUUUCAAUGGCAUUGUGGGGAUAGCUUGGGCAGCGGCAAGUGGCGUGGGGCCAAUCGUCGGCGGUGCGCUAGCGCAGGCAGGCCAGUGGAGAUGGCUCUUCUAUCUCAACAUACCGAUAUGUGGGGUAUCCGGCAUGCUGAUGUUCCUCUUCCUCAAAGUUCGUACACCUCCAGGCUCCCUUCGGCAGAAGGUCGCUCAAGUCGACUGGAUUGGGAAUGCGUUCGUUAUUGCCUCAACGACUGCGUGCGUGAUUGCUCUCACGUGGAGCGGAAUACAAUAUGCUUGGAGUUCUGCACAUGUUCUCGUCCCGCUCAUCCUAGGCCUCGUGGGUCUCGCUGGCUUCCUUCUCUACGAAGCAAUUAUCCCAAGACGACCAUUAGUUCCAUUUGUCUUGAUGUCAACGAUCACCGGGAUCAGUGGAUACCUCCAGACGUUCCUGAUGCCAAUCGUGCUCAUGGGCAUCAUAUACUACUUCCCAGUAUACUUCCAAGCGUGCAAAGGCGAGUCCGCCAUCGGCGCCGGCGUCAACCAGCUCGUCGUAGCCCUGAUCGUGGCCCCGAUCGGCAUCGUAGCCGGCGUGUCCGUGAAGACCAUGCAGAAGUAUCGUCCGCAAUUGUGGAUUUCCUGGGUGUUCCUCAUCCUGGGAACCGCUCUCCUUAUUGAUUUGAAAGAAGAGACACCUAGAGGGCACGCUAUAGGCUUUCUCGCUAUGGCCGCGAUAGGGCUCGGAGGGCUUCUGACAACCACGUAUUUCCCAGUACUGGCACCAUUGCCGGUAUCCCAGAAUGCCCCAGCACUUGCAUUCUUCAUGUUCUUGCGCAACUUCGCUCAGGUCUGGGGUAUCACGAUCGGCGGAGCAGUUCUACAGAACCAGCUGGAAAAACAUAUGCCAAGCGAGUUCCUCGCUGAGUUCCCUCAGGGCACAACCAUCGCCUACGCGACCAUCCCGCUCCUCAAGGACAUCUCGGAGCCGCUGCAGACGGAAGUCCGCGUCGCAUUCGCGGAAAGCCUGAAGGUCGUUUGGGAGGUGUUGACCGCCAUCGCGGGCGUCGGACUGUUGUCUAGUCUGCUUAUGAGAUCACUUCCGCUCCAUACGUAUACGGAUGAUGUCUGGAAGCUUGACGAGACAGAGAAGACCGACGCGGAACAGAAUGUCGUAUUAGAUAAGCUUGCUGAUAGCAAAUAG